GCUAUGGGUAAGUGUGGUCCUCCUUCUCCUUAUUGAUAUGUAUAAUGAUUAGUAAUAAAUAAAAUGUAACUUUAACUUUCAAUUUGGAUAUUCUUUAAAUAUAUACCCGUCACAUUAUGGUGCCUUUAACAAAAAUGUUUUCAAUGCUAAUGGAUAGGGAGUUUACUAUUUCAAUAUUUUUGAGUGAUUUCUUUUGUUUUGUUUUCAAAUCCUUGUGUUAUGAUAGUGUUAUGUAAUUCUUUUAUGUUCUCUGUUUUUUAUGUAAAAUGGUAUUUACUGUUAAGAUUCUUUCUUUAUUUAAAUAAAUAAUAUACAUAUACAAGAAUUUUUUUAAAAUGUCCGAUCCCCCAAGCCCAAAUAAGAUCGCUGGAUAUCAGAAUUUAGUAAACAUAUUCGAUGGAGAAUUAUUUUCAAAUGUUAAAUAUUUCCUUAAAAAUCUUGAAGAGGUUGGUGAAAUCGCGGAAUGGAACGAUGCGGAACAUAUUGCCGUAAUGAAGAGUAAGUUAAAAGGUCCCGCGUUACAGUUUUUCAUAGAAGACCCUGAACUAAUUCAUGAAAAAAAAUUUGACAGCAUAAAAAUAAAAUUCACUAAAUUUUUUGAAAGCAAAACAACACUUUCCCAUCGUCAGCAGCAAUUUUCAAACUGUAAACAAAAUCCGGGUGAAUCCGUUCGCAGUUUCUCGACAAGAGUCUCAAACUUGACUAUAAAUUAUUUCGGGAUAGAAAAUUCAUCGAAGGAAGAUGCGGGUCCUAUAGUCGACCAAACAAAAUUGGCAAAAUUUUUGGAGGGUUUGCAAACACCUCUUAAGCGUUUAGCCCUAAGCAGAAACCCAAAUACGUUCGAUGAAGCUGUAGAAAGUGCGCUAUUGGAUGAAAUGAAUUUGAAAUUCACUUGUGAUCCAGAAAGCUGUAAUAAUGUUGCGACGGAAUCAGAAACGGGACUCGAAAGAAAAAUGACCGAGUUUCUUAAUAAGCAGACUGAAAUUUCAAGUGCGAUGAUAAGCAAUCUCGCAAAACAAAUCGAGAAAAUAAAUAUAAGAGGACAAAAUCCAGGUUUUCACCAACAAAUGCCACAAAGAAAUCAAAAGUGUAUCCACUGUGGUCAUCUAAAUCAUGCAUCUGAUCGAUGUUGGUUUCAACGUAAUCAAAACAUUCGAGGCGUUAGGCGCAAAUUUUCAGAUAAUCAACGUACCUCUUUUCAUAGGGAUAAUAAUAAUUACAAGCGACAGGAAUACAAUAAUGCACCUAACACCACUCGCGCCUUUCAAUCGAGUUCAAUGACCCAUCCCACACCUUCUGCAGAUAGCAGACAGACUUUUCCAAAGCAACGUUAUUUAAACUUUCAGAGGGAACGAUAAAACCCCCACAGUUCUCUCAAAAUUUAGGGGGUUACAAUGAUACAAACUUAUCUUAUUAAUUAGGAAAACAUUGCACAUUACCAGUAAUCCAAUUAAAAGUAGGAAAUAUAAAAUUUUAUGCUCUUUUGGACUCCGGAGCAAGUGUAUCUCUUAUAAGUAAUAAAGCAUUUCGAAAAAUACCUUCCGAAUUAAUCACAUUUAAUAGUUUUAAUCCUAAUAUCAAAAUUACUACUUUAACUGGAAAUGAAAUAAAGUCUAAUAGUAAUGUUACCUUAUCAUUCUUAAUUACAGACAAAGUUUUGCAGCAUAAUUUUACAGUCACUAAGUCAGAUCUUGACCAGGACUACGAUGUAAUUUUAGGUUUCGAUUUUCUUUCCUCAUUUCAGUGUAAAAUAAACUUUGAAGAUAAAAUGGUAACUUUUAGUGAUUCAUCCUCCCAAAUACAUAAAUUAUGAGUGCAUAAAAUUAACGUAUUAUUAAUGAAAACUACUGGUAAACUUGUGAAAAGGUUAAACUUAAGCCAAAUGAAUCAGCCGUAAUUAAAAUUAAAUCUAAUCAUAAUAUUGAACCAGGAAGUUCUGUGUUAUUGACACCUAUUAAUCUAAAUUACAACGUUGAAGUGCAUAAAUCGCUGUGCAUGGUUGAUAAAAAUGGACAAAUCCCGUUAGUAAUAAAUAACCUCUCAAAAACAAAUUUGCAUUUAAAUAAAAAUAUGAAAAUCGCUUACAUAAAUUCUAAAAUUGAAGCUAACAAGAAUGAAUCUAUUGCUGAUAUUAGGAGAAAAGAAUUAAAGUUAGAAGAUUUUGAUAUGACUGGAAGUCCAAACGAAGCAAAACAGGAAUUAUCAAAUUUGAUUUUCGAAUAUGCUGACAUAUUUAGCACUUCCUUAAAAACAAUAGGAAAAUGCACGUUAGAAGCUCCUCCAAUAGAAAUAACUGACUUUUCCCCAAUUCAAUGUAGACCUUUCCCGGUGCCAGUAUCCUUGCGUGACACACUUAAAAGUAAAAUUUCAGACUUAGAAAAUUCGGGCAUAAUUGAGAAAACAAAUAGCAGAUAUAGUUUUCCUUUAAUUUUAGUUCGAAAGAAAGAAGAGAACCAGUGGCGUUUAGUAAUAGAUUAUCGUAAACUGAAUCAAAUUACAAUUUCUUCAACUUCUAAGUUACCUUUAAUCUCCGACAUUUUAAACUCCUUGUGAGGCGCAAAUUAUUUUAGUACCUUAGAUGCCAAUUCUAAUUUCCAUUAAAUUAAACUAUGCGAAGAAGACAAGCAUUUAACUGCUUUUUCAAGCCCAUAUGGCAACUUUCAAUAUAAAUAUUUAAGUUUUGAAAUGAAAAAUUCAGGUCAAAUUUUUCAGGAAACAGCGGACAAAAUCCUUAAUGUUCUACAGUCCGAAAACAUAUCAGCAUACAUAGAUGACGUAAUUGUACCCUUUAAUUGUAAGUAGGUGCAGUCAUUCUACAAAAAGGUAAAAAUGGAAUUCUACGUCCAAUAAGUUAUUUUUCCUAUAAAUUAAAACCGCAUGAGAGAAAAUGGCCAUCUAUGCAUCUUGAAGCUUAUGCUAUUUUGCUGUUUAUUAGACAUUUUAAGAUUUUUCUCUAUGGUAGAAAAUUUAGAAUAUUAUCUGAUUGCAAAUCUUUAAACUAUUUAUUAAACUUAGAUUCACCAGCUAGUAAACUUUCGCGUUGGUUAUAGAACUUUCCAAUUAUGACUUUGAUUUCGAGCACAUAAAAGGUUCGCAAAAUUUUUUAUCAGAUCUCUUAUCAAGAGAUAUAGAAGAAACAAUAAAUGCUGGAAAAGUUGAUGUACCUGAUAUAGACAAAAUCAAAUAUGAACAGAGAGCAGACCCAAUUUUAAGUCCUAUCAUUGACUAUUUGGAAGGUAAAAGUGCUAAUUGUAAAUCGCAAUGCGAUAAUUAUUUUUUGAACAAUGGAUUACUUAAAAGAAUUGCCAAUAGGAACAAACGUGCACCACGAAAUGAAUAUUUUGAACAAAUUGUGAUACCAAAAAGCUUAAUACCUCAUGUAUUAGAAGGUUCCGAAACAGUGCAUUUCGCAUUUUCAAAAAAUUACCGUACUAUAAAAGAAAAAUAUUACUGGGCAGGUAUGUACAAUGAUAUUAAAAAAAUUUCCAACUCAUGUAAAUUAUGCAUUGAACGAAAAGGUUUUCCAAUAACUAAAUCACCUCUUCAAAAUUUUGUGACACCCUCUCAGUCAAUGGAACUCGUGAGCCUAGAUAUUUUAGGACCGUUGCCAAUGUCCAUGUCAGGAAAUAAAUUUGUAUUGACAAUUAUCUACCACUUUACUAAAUAUAGCAUUCUUUACGCUUUAAAAGAUAUUACAGCUCAAACAAUUGCUAAUAAACUUAUGAAAUAUAUCAUAAUUUUUGGCAUUCCUAAUGCAAUAUUAACAGAUCUAGGGACAAAUUUUCAAAGUAAUCUUUUUAAUGAACUUUCACGCCAACUACAAAUUCAUAAAUU